AUGGUGUCAGAGUAUCUCGUGGAAGCUGACUGCUUCACUAUCCGGUGCGACGUCUCCGUGUACAGGCCAUCACCGCUGUCCAACAUGCAGAAGCAUCUCUUGGACACCGACGCCGAUGUCAUGUUCCAUGUUGCCGGUGAGAAAUUCAGCGCUCACAGGUGUGUUCUUAGGGCAAGAUCGCCGGUCUUUAAGGCAGAACUCUCAAGAGCUUCAACAUCAGGAUCUUCUUGCAUACGGAUCGAUGAUAUGCUACCUCAGGUGUUCAAGAGCUUGCUACAUUUUAUAUACACAGAUUCGCUACCAGAGGUGACUGGAGUAGAAGGCUCUAUGAUGGCUGAGCAUUUGCUGGCAGCGGCGGAUAGGUUCGGCAUGCAGGGGCUCAAACUGAUCUGUGAGGAGAAACUAAUAAGGGAACUAAACGAGAAUACUGCUGCAAAAAUACUCAAGCUGGCGGUACAGCACAACUCCAGCUUUCUUAGGGAGGCUUGCUUUGUGUUCCUUUCAGAUCCUCCUGUACUGGAAGCUGCCAUGGCAAUGGACGAUGGACUACUGGAGCAGGUGGCUAAAAUUUGUCCAGCGCUUUUGAAGAAGAUGUGGGCUUAUGAGGAUGACCCUAUGCAAGACGAGUUGGAUAUGUGCCUGACUGUCUGUGAUGAAUUUCUUGCAGUGAUCUAA